UUCACAGAGGUUGGACGCGUGUUGUCAAAGUUUAAGAUUCCUGUUCCGAGUCUUCAGUUUCCAUUGCAUACCGUCCGUAUUCAUGGGACUUAUUUGACGUAAAACAUCAUUUUGAACCUUGGACGGUUGAAACCUCACCUACUUCACUUCUGAUAAAAAACUCUAGUUACAUAUCUAGUCUUAUUUCCACCUCCUUUCCUAGAGAACUGAUGUAUCUUUCUGUCAACCCAUAUUUUUCGCGCUGACCCAACCAACUACACUGCAUGAUCUUCCGCCAUGUUUCACACAAGGCACUUCUCGCUUCAGUCCAAUGCUACUCAAACGCAACGAUACUCCUGAGGUACCAACUGAAAUAUCCAUGAAGGUCAACACGGUUUGUGACACCAAUAUGCUUGCUUCCCGUGGGAUCCACUUGAAAACAGCUAAUCAGACGAUAUCAAACGCAGAUGAUGAGCUUGUCGAAGUUCCUCUUGAUGCAGACAUGAUCCGACGGCGCAGUGAUACCAUCCCAAACCCGCCCUUCCCCUCUAUCAAGGAUAGUUCGGCUGAGAGCCAACACAAGACUUCAAGUUCGCGAGCCUACCAAGCCGAUGCUCUAAAAUAUCCACCUGCGUUACCAAAAGCUAAUACUGACAAUUUGGAAACAAUGUCCAAAUGUGACGGCGGUGAUUUUUAUCCAACAGAUGUUGUAUCCGAAUUCCUUGAAAGCCGUACCGAUGACCAGGUUGAAUUGAACUUACCCAGCGUUGAGGAUGGUCUCUCCAGUGGUAGUGAUCUUGAUACCCCUCGAUGUAGCGGCAGAUCAACACAUUCGAAUAAAACCCCUGUGAAUAUACCGUUUCGUUCUAGUGCAGCUUUAAGCAGCGGCCCGUUUUCAUCGGCCUCUAUGCAAUUACGAUCUCAGUCUUCCAGUCCGGUUGGUCACUAUAUUUCCGAUUCACUCGUCAACCCACCUCUCGUGCGUGAUAUUUGGGGCAUAAUGAAUGACAUAAAGCAAACAUUGGCGGAUGACCGGGUAGUAAUAUCCCAUUCCAAAGGAGAGGUUUCAAAUAAUUUCCGCCUAAUUAACCCGGAAUCCGAGAAUUCAAAGAAACCAUGUUCUUUGAGUGAAAUUGUCAACAGUGAACAAACAUCUAAACAAAUUCAUGGCAGUGAUAAAGCCGUGAAGUCAUCUUUCAUCGCUUCCAGUGGGACUCCGUUGAGUACUGGAAUUUGCGAGAGAUUAACAGUACAGGCGAGCGUAGAAGAACCGGAGGUUCGUCCAGGUUCCAACGCAACCACAGGUGCACUACAAAAGGAUCUGGGACCGUCAAGUGAAGGCUCAAAGCCAGAUAUCUAUGGACUUGAAGAACUGAGUCCUUCCUCUGAUCGACGUGCGCACCACUGGACUUUCCCACAACAGUCAUCUGUUGUUUAUAGUUCAAGCGAGGAAGAAGAUAAUGAGAAAAUGCACAACUCUCCUGGACAUCCUGAGUCUCCCAAAUUCAGGCCCACGUUGAGUGAAUUGGCUUCACGGUCAAAAACAGCUGAAACCGAAGGAAGUAUUGUUUCCAGUAAGCCAGGCUCUCCACACCUUACUACCCGAAACACACCUCACCUACUCGCUGCGAAACAAAUGGGUGCAGCUUCAAGCUCUCCGCGUAAAAGCCCGCCUAACGGACAUCCCGGAUUCAAAACAAAACGCGUUGAAGAAUUCGAAAGCGAUGAGGAUACAGAUCAGCUCCUCCAGAAGCAAUACCAGUCAGACAAAGCAGUCUAUAUUCCGGAGCUAAAACAAGAGGCUCGUCUCCAGUACGUGAUGGAGUGUGAAGAUUUGGUCAACGCAACCCCCCACCAGCACGGAAUCCCGCUUGCUGCUCCCGAAUCUGUUUCACGAGCCACCACAAGGCGACGAAGGACAGGUGACGUCUAG